GGCGGGGCCAGCCGCCCGCUCGGCUCAGGGGCUGUCGGCGCUUAUUGACCCGGCAGCCGCCGCGCCGCCGCUGUCUCCUCCUGCUCGUAGCAGGCGGUGCUGGAGCGCCAAGUGGCGCUGGAGAACCGGCGCUUCCUUUCGCCGCUGCCGCCGCCAUCUCCGCGUUUGUGGGGCGGGAAAGAGGGAGGGGGAUCGCGGCUGCAGCUGGAGCGGGCUUCUCUCCGGGGACGGUCCUUUUCUCCCUGCUCUCCUUUUCCUUCUCCCCGCGUUGCCACCGCCCGCCCCCUGCACCUCCCCGCGCAGCCUGGGUUCGGGAGGGGGAAGGUAGAGACGGCUGGGGGCGGGAGAGGCCGGCAAGCGGAUGCUAGCUCUGAGGAAACUCAUCAAUUCGUGCGCCCCGGAGUCUAGGGUACACACCGGCCCAGCGGCAGCGGCGGCGGCGGCGGCAGGAAGGGGCUCAGUUGGGGGAGGCGGGGGCGGUGCCGCGGGGGCGGGCCCGACCGUCCCGGCUAGAAGUUGUAGGGCUAGGCUCUUCACGACCCUGUUCCUUUCUCCUCCGCUUCUCUGACCUAGCUGCGCGGCCCCGGCCCGGGAACUGCCGAACCCGCGCCUCCCCUGGGUGAGGAGGACACGCCUGCCCUCGUCGAGAAAACUUUUCCUGCCGACUCAGUUGGCGCGGCGGUGGCAGGAAGUGCGGGCAGCGACCUCUCCUCCGCCUGCCCCGCGCGCCCUGCCGGAGGUCGGCGCUGAGCUUACGAUCAAGUUUGUAGGGGCCCCUUCCCAGCUGCCGGCGAGUCUCGCCUCGAGAGGGGCGCCCGGCCCCGGGGAGGGCAGCAGGCCAGGGCGAAGGCCAAGGGCGUGUGGUGGCGCCGGAGACUAGGUGCGGAGCACGGCUGGGACUCGCACCCGCAGCCGACAGCGCGGAGGGCGCGCAGCCUGGGAGAAGGGAGCCUCCGGCGGCUGCUUCCUGGAGUCAACAGUCCGCUGUCUCCUCUGGCUGAGGACAGUGUCCUGGCCCCGAGUCUAUCGAGGAAAAUGAAGUUAAGCCGCCAGUUCACCGUGUUCGGCAGUGCGAUCUUCUGUGUGGUGAUUUUCUCGCUUUAUCUGAUGCUGGACCGGGGUCACUUAGACUACCCCAGGAACCCGCGCCGCGAGGGCUCCUUUCCUCAGGGCCAGCUCUCAAUGUUGCAAGAAAAAAUAGACCAUUUGGAGCGUUUGCUGGCUGAGAAUAAUGAGAUCAUCUCAAAUAUUAGAGACUCAGUCAUCAAUUUGAGUGAAUCUGUGGAGGAUGGUCCGAAAAGUUCACAAAGCAAUUUCAGCCAAGGUGCUGGCUCACGUCUUCUGCCCUCACAAUUAUCCCUCUCAGUUGACACUGCAGACUGUCUGUUUGCUUCACAAAGUGGAAGUCACAAUUCAGAUGUGCAGAUGUUGGAUGUUUACAGUCUAAUUUCUUUUGACAAUCCAGAUGGUGGAGUUUGGAAGCAAGGAUUUGACAUUACUUAUGAAUCUAAUGAAUGGGACACUGAACCCCUUCAAGUCUUUGUGGUGCCUCAUUCCCAUAACGACCCAGGUUGGUUGAAGACUUUCAAUGACUACUUUAGAGACAAGACUCAGUAUAUUUUUAAUAACAUGGUCCUAAAGCUGAAAGAAGACUCACGGAGGAAGUUUAUUUGGUCUGAGAUCUCUUACCUUUCAAAGUGGUGGGAUAUUAUAGAUAUUCAGAAGAAGGAUGCUGUUAAAAGUUUAAUAGAAAAUGGUCAGCUUGAAAUUGUGACAGGUGGCUGGGUUAUGCCUGAUGAAGCCACUGCACAUUAUUUUGCCUUAAUUGAUCAACUAAUUGAAGGACAUCAGUGGCUGGAAAAUAAUAUAGGAGUGAAACCUCGGUCCGGCUGGGCUAUUGAUCCCUUUGGACACUCACCAACAAUGGCUUAUCUUCUAAACCGUGCUGAACUUUCUCACAUGCUUAUCCAGAGAGUUCAUUAUGCAGUUAAAAAACACUUUGCACAGCAUAAAACAUUGGAGUUUUUUUGGAGACAGAAUUGGGAUCUGGGAUCUGUCACAGAUAUUUUAUGCCACAUGAUGCCCUUCUACAGCUAUGACAUCCCUCACACUUGUGGACCUGAUCCUAAAAUAUGCUGCCAGUUUGAUUUUAAACGGCUUCCUGGAGGCAGAUUUGGUUGUCCCUGGGGAGUCCCCCCAGAAACAAUACAUCCUGGAAAUGUCCAAAGCAGGGCUCAAAUGCUACUAGAUCAGUACCGAAAGAAGUCAAAGCUUUUUCGUACCAAAGUUCUCUUGGCUCCACUAGGAGAUGAUUUCCGCUACUGUGAAUACACAGAAUGGGAUUUACAGUUUAAGAAUUAUCAGCAGCUUUUUGAUUAUAUGAAUUCUCAGUCCAAGUUUAAAGUUAAGAUACAGUUUGGAACUUUAUCAGAUUUUUUUGAUGCACUGGAUAAAGCAGAUGAAACUCAGAGAGACAAGGGCCAAUCGAUGUUCCCUGUUCUAAGUGGAGAUUUUUUCACUUAUGCUGAUCGAGAUGAUCAUUAUUGGAGUGGCUAUUUUACAUCCAGACCCUUUUACAAACGAAUGGAUAGAAUCAUGGAAUCUCAUUUAAGGGCUGCUGAAAUUCUUUACUAUUUCGCCCUGAGACAAGCUCACAAAUACAAGAUAAAUAAAUUUCUCUCAUCAUCGCUUUACACGGCACUGACAGAAGCCAGGAGGAAUUUGGGACUGUUUCAACAUCAUGAUGCUAUCACAGGAACUGCAAAAGAUUGGGUGGUUGUGGAUUAUGGUACCAGACUUUUUCAUUCAUUAAUGGUUUUGGAGAAGAUAAUUGGAACUUCCGCAUUUUUUCUUAUUUUGAAGGACAAACUCACAUAUGACUCUUACUCUUCUGAUACCUUCCUGGAGAUGGAUUUGAAACAAAAAUCACAAGAUUCUCUGCCACAAAAAAAUAUAAUAAGGCUGAGUGCGGAGCCAAGGUACCUUGUGGUCUAUAAUCCUUUAGAACAAGACCGAAUCUCGGUGGUCUCAGUCUAUGUGAGUUCCCCCACGGUGCAAGUGUUCUCUGCUUCAGGAAAACCUGUGGAAGUUCAAGUCAGUGCAGUUUGGGAUACAGCAAAUACUAUUUCAGAAACAGCCUAUGAGAUCUCUUUUCGAGCACAUAUACCACCAUUGGGACUGAAAGUGUAUAAGAUUUUGGAAUCAGCAAGUUCAAAUUCACAUUUAGCUGAUUAUGUCUUGUAUAACAAUAAAGUAGAAGAUAGAGGAAUUUUCACCAUAAAGAAUAUGAUAAAUACUGAAGAAGGUAUAACACUAGAGAACUCCUUUGUUUUACUUCGGUUUGAUCAAACUGGACUUAUGAAGCAAAUGAUGACUAAAGAAGAUGGUAAACACCAUGAAGUAAGUGUGCAAUUUUCAUGGUAUGGAACCACGAUUAAAAGAGACAAAAGUGGUGCCUACCUCUUCUUACCUGAUGGUAAUGCCAAGCCUUAUGUUUACACAACACCGCCCUUUGUCAGAGUGACACAUGGAAGGAUUUACUCGGAAGUGACUUGCUUUUUUGACCAUGUUACUCAUAGAGUCCGACUAUACCACAUACAGGGAAUAGAAGGACAGUCUGUGGAAGUUUCCAAUAUUGUGGACAUCCGAAAAGUAUAUAACCGUGAGAUUGCAAUGAAAAUUUCUUCUGAUAUAAAAAGCCAAAAUAGAUUUUAUACUGACCUAAAUGGAUACCAGAUUCAACCUAGAAUGACACUGAGCAAAUUGCCUCUUCAAGCAAAUGUCUAUCCCAUGACUACAAUGGCCUAUAUCCAGGAUGCCAAACAUCGUUUGACACUGCUCUCUGCUCAGUCUUUAGGCGUUUCAAGUUUGAAUAGUGGUCAGAUUGAAGUUAUCAUGGAUCGAAGACUCAUGCAAGAUGAUAAUCGUGGCCUUGAGCAAGGUGUCCAGGAUAAUAAGAUUACAGCUAAUCUAUUUCGAAUACUACUAGAAAAAAGAAGUGCAGUUAAUACGGAAGAAGAAAAGAAUUCGGUCAGUUAUCCUUCUCUCCUUAGCCACAUAACUUCUUCUUUCAUGAAUCAUCCAGUCUUUCCAAUGGCAAAUAAGUUCUCCUCACCUACCCUUGAUCUGCAAGGUGAAUUCUCUCCAUUACAGUCAUCUUUGCCUUGUGACAUUCAUCUGGUUAAUCUGAGAACAAUACAGUCAAAGGUGGGCAGUGGGCAUUCCAAUGAGGCAGCUUUAAUCCUCCACAGAAAAGGAUUUGAUUGUCGGUUCUCUAGCAAAGGCACAGGGCUGUUUUGUUCUACUACUCAGGGAAAGAUGUUGGUACAGAAACUUUUUAACAAGUUUAUUGUCGAAAGUCUCACACUUUCAUCAUUAUCCUUGAUGCAUUCACCUCCCGGCACUCAGAAUAUAAGUGAGAUCAACUUGAGUCCAAUGGAAAUCAGCACAUACCGAAUCCGGUUGAGGUGAACCUGACUUUCACAUUUAGAUUGAGAAUCAUUGGCUUUUAUACCUUUCUUGGUUUGACGUGCAAUAAAGAAGCACAUUAUUUUAGCUUCUGGCUACUGUGAGAAGAUAAAUUCUGUGAUUCUGUGAUUUUUUUUUUUCUUUUACCACUAGAGUAAGAAAAAAAGAAAAAAAAGCCAUGCUAUCGGUCAAGUUUCUUUUUUUUUAAACUUCCUCCCAUGAACUACCACCAUCAGUAUGAAUUGAUGCAACAAAUGAAGGAAUAUUUAAAGACAGCCUCUCAACAGAUUGUAUCUCAGGUUAAAUGCUAACUAAUUAUGUCUGUGUUGGGGGUUGUGAAGAGAUUCUUACAAUAUCUGUGUGCUGAUCCUUCAUUAGUUUUACAAAAAUACCUAUUUGGCUGAAAUGGAAUAAAGUGUUUGUGGGUAAAAGCUAAUGGCCAAAAUGGUUGCAAUCAUUCAUACUAGUUUGAAAAAUUAUGUGUUGAAAUAAGUGGAAAAGUGCAAUCUAUCCACCCUUAUGAUUAACAUAGUUGAUUUUUAUACCUUUUUCUGGUGUACCUCUUGACCUUUUCCUUCCCUUCCUACCCUUUCUAAGUAUUUCCAGAAAUACCUGAUUUUGAAUCAUUCAACAGUAGAAAAAGAGGCAUACUUUCAUUACUUGACAAUGUGGGAUGGGUGCAAUUUAUUCCAUCUUCACUAAAAUAGAAGCAAUUCCAUAGGUACCAUAAACCUAUUUUAGGUACCACAAGGUGUCUUUUUACACAGCUCAUUUGAAUACAGGUGUUCUGAGAAGGGGUUUCUAUUUUAAAAUUACCAUAUCAAAAUAAAUGUGCCUUAUUUUUUUAUAAGUCUUGUUAAAUCAGUGUCCAUAUUACUGUCUGGGGAAGGGGGAAUGUUGCGGGAUCGGGGAGAGGGGUGGGUACUUUCUAUGACACAUAAAUUGUGUAAUUUUUGCCUGACAAUGCUGGUCACAUUCUGAUCUGUUUCAUUAAAUUUGUGGUGAUGUUACUCUAAACAUUUUGACUAUUUGAAUGUACUGAGAUGUCGGAAAACAAAAUAAGGAAGGAAAAUAUUGUUAAUUAAAAUAUGCUGCUGCCAAGGAAACUGCAACUUGAAGCAAGGAUUUUGUAAAAUGCAAAAUCCAGCUACUGUUUCCAUUUCACAGUAGUUAACUAUAUUAAAGAGAGAAUGCUUUAAAAUUGAUCUUGUUUUGAAACCCACUUUUAUGUAGCUCAUCAUGGUUUAUCUAACUAAGGAAUAUGUUUGUUCAUUCAAUUCUCAACUUUUGUAUGUGCUAACCUUAAUGAAGUUCUGAGCCCAUGUGCCAUUACAGUGCUUUUAAUAAAAUUUAUUUGGGAUUAUUGUUUCCUUAACAUUAAAAUAAUAGCAACAUUUAGACUAUUCAGUUUUAGCAUAGAAAGGAGUCUUUGAGUAUGUACAGUUUUGAAAAUUCUCUUUGAGUUAAUCGAUUUCGUAUUCUGUGGCUUUCAACCUCCAUUUACCUUUUGUCUUUCCAACAUCUUUAUAGAGAAAUAAAAACCCAAUUUCUCUUUCACCAUAUAGUUUGAUUAUCAUCUGGAUUUUGACUCAAGAUGCAGCUCCCAAGAUUAUUGUUACGUUAAAUUCAUAAACUCAUUUGCCUUUAAUAAUUAAGGAAACAAUACCAGUGUUGAUAAAGAUAUUACAAGGGGUAAUUUCAUGCAAUAAACAUGUACUGUAAGUUUUCUUCCACAUUUUUUGGGAAAAAACUAAAAAAAGAAGAAGGACUUCCUUUUUGUGGACAUCUACAGAUGUUAGGGUUGCCAGAAGCAAACCCCAGGAAUGAGAUUAGUAUUUUCAUUGCAUCUUAAAUGUAAAACCUUCCUGUGGGAGUUCAGUGUGUUCUGUGGUUAAGUGGGUGUGCUUAAUCAUUCUGGAAAUUCUGAUCAGAUGAAAUUAAAAAACAAAAAAUCUUGAUGCAAUAACAGUGAUUUUGCCACUUCUGGUUGUUUGAGAUGGAUCUGUCCCAUGUUAGUCUGGGGUUUUAUUCAGCUUGUGUUGCUACCAGCAGUUCACAGGUAAAGCAGAAAUUCUCUUUAACCAGCAAGUUUCUGCUUUUUAAAGUUACUUUUAGAAUAAAUCAUCAGGGAAAUGAAGAGAGGAUGCUUUUGCUUUAGGUUGUGGUCAAAAACUGAUUAAAUAAUGUAAUGUCUCUGGCACACACUAAAAACCAUACACUUCAGUUGUGAUCUCAGUGGCAUAUUUAUUUGGUUAGGUUUCAUUACAUUUAUUAUUACAGAUGUUCAAUUGACCAAAUAGUUCAGUGUUUUCUUUCCUUUUUUUGGAAAUUUUGAGUUUGUGACUGCAGUGUUCAAGAACUCAGCAUCCUUAUUUUCUACAAAUACUGAUUAAAAUAAAAUGCUGUAAAAUGCGUUGUAAAACAUUAUCAUGAUCUUCCCAUACCUUUGUUGUACUUGUGCCGAAAUGUUUUUAUAUUCCUUUGUCUAGAAGAAAAUGUUUGCCUUCAUUUUGAUCAUUUUGUUCACCUUGGAAUCAACAGGUUUUGAUAUUUUUCUCUUGGAAGAUUUUAUAUCUUUUUGGGAAUAUGUAAUAUAAGAUCUCUAAUAAAAGAUAAUCUUAUCAUGUA